AUGUGCCGUAGAUUGCGGGUGGAGAAGACCAAAGAAAAAAAAGCCCUCUCUCGCCGGAUACCAAUGGCAGAUCUGCGCGCUAGACUCUUGUUGUCCGUUACUGGUAUUGCGAUUUCCAUCCCUGUCGCUGCGUCAUUGGCUGAGGGGCGGGAAGAGGGGGCCCAUGGUGCGGGUGGAGCUGAAGUCGUUUACGUUGCAACGGUGGAUACUCCGUAG